AUGCCUCGAAUAUCAAUAGAAAAACGAUCAUGUAUCCAUACUCUUCAUCAAAUGGGAUUUUCAACUAGAGAGGUUGCAGCUCAAGUAGGUGUUAAUCAAUCAUCGGUUGUACGAAUAUGUAAAAAAUUUAAUGAAACAGGAAAUUUUGAUGAUCGAACUAAAUCUGGUCGCCCAAAAUCCUUGAGUGAAAGAUAUGAACGAAAACUCUUACGUUACAUUCGUUCUGGAGAGUGUUUUACAGUCGUUGAAGUACAAUCCAAGUUUAGAGUUGAUGAAGGAAUUGUUAUUUCAGCUGAAACUAUAC